CACAAAGUCGCAUCCUUAUAAUUUGCUCACUUUCUCAUCCUCUUUCAAGUCUUCUCUAUCUACCUUCCUCAGAAACCCAUCCCCAGAUAUGGUAGACUUGAGUUUCUAUGUUGGAGUCAUAGGAAAUGUGAUAUCGGUGCUUGUCUUCCUCUCCCCUGUGGAGACGUUUUGGAGGAUAGUGCAACGUAGAUCGACGGAGGAGUACGAGUGUUUGCCGUACAUUUGCACGUUGAUGAGCUCGUCGUUAUGGACAUAUUACGGAAUAGUGACACCUGGUGAAUACUUGGUUUCUACGGUCAAUGGCUUUGGUGCUCUUGCUGAAUCCAUUUAUGUUCUCAUUUUCCUCUUCUUUGUCCCCAAACCCAGAUUCUUGAAAACAAUUGUAGUGGUUCUAGCUUUGAACGUGUGUUUCCCAGUUUUGGCGAUUGUGGGAACAAGAACUGCGUUUGAAGAUGAAAACAAGCGUUCGAGUUCAAUGGGUUUCAUAUGUGCUACUCUCAACAUCGCCAUGUAUGGUUCUCCUCUUUCAGCUAUUAAAACGGUUGUGACGACGAGGAGUGUGCAAUUUAUGCCGUUUUGGUUGUCGUUUUUCCUUUUCCUAAACGGUGCGAUUUGGGGUGUCUACGCUUUCCUCCUACAUGAUGUUUUUCUACUAGUGCCAAAUGGAAUGGGGUUCUUGCUUGGGACAAUGCAACUCCUAAUUUAUGCCUAUUACAGAAAUGCCCAACCUAAUGUAGAAGAUGAAGAAGGCCUCAUACCAAGCCAACCUCUUCUCUCUUAACCUCAGCUUUUAUCCAUAAAAAUAACUAAAACGAAUAUAUAUAAAAAUUCAAUUCUUGACAAACAAGAGAAAAUGUCAAUUCUUUUUUGGUUGAGUAUUCGUUUUGAUGGUGUCCUAUUAACAAAAUCUCUCCUUUUUUUUUGGGAGUACAUGUGAGUGUAUGUUUGAAACAGUUCAAGUUUACAUUGCAACA